UACAAUGUGUAGACUGGAACCAACUCGGGCACUUUCAUUCCCUUCUUGGAGAGGCAGAGAGAGGAAGUCAGGCUGCCUUUGAGGUAAGGGAAGACCAUGAUGGCAGUCAUACCUGCUUCCUGACAACACAAAGAGUCACAGAGAAAGAUCAUGGGGAGAUCUUCAUUUUAAAGAAAGUGAAUAUUUUGGACUACUUUUUGUCAAGCUGUCUAGUUGGCAAAACAGAUGGGAAUUGGUGCUAUUGAUCCUUUCAUCUGGAAAAAUGCACUGAAUGGGAGAUUCUGCCUAAUAUGGCCAAUUGUGACCUUUACCUCUACUGGAAUGGACCUGAGUUCAUGACUUUGUUACCAUGGUGAUGAUCUUAACUACUACAACUCUGGAAAACAAAGGUGCUGAUUCUCUAUCAUGCAGGACUGAACUGCACACUCCAAAGAAGAUGAGUCAAGGAUCCACACUCUUCUCAUGUGGAAUGAUGGAAAAUCACAGAUGGAGAGACCUCAACAGGAAAUAUACCCUUCAGGUCGAACAGCCAAGUGCCAAUAUUUGGGACUGCUUGCCUGACAAAAGUGAUGAAAGCUCCUUAUGGCAGAGAGAGCCAGCUAACGCAUGCUCAGUAACCAACUUGAUCAAGGAUCUCAGCCUUAGUGACCGCAAUGGCAACCCUUCAGCACCUCCCAGCAAACGUCAGUGCCGAUCACUCUCUUUUUCCGAUGAGAUGUCUAGUUGCCGGGCUUCAUGGAGGCCCAUAGGAUCAAAGGUCUGGACUCCUGUAGAAAAGAGACGCUGCUACAGCGGGGGUAGUGUGCAGCGUUACUCCAAUGGAUUCACAACCAUGCAGAGAAGUUCAAGCUUUAGCCUUCCUUCCAGGUCAAGUACUCUCUCCUCAUCAUAUGACCAGAUGGGAUUUAGCAAUAGAUUUGGGUGUCAGCCAUGCCAAGGAAUGCGAAAGUCAGCCACUUAUGGACAAACAAGUGAUAUUUGGGGUAAUGAUCCUAGCUCUUCUGAGAGUGGCAGGAUUGACAUCCAGCGAUCUCUCUCUUGUUCCCAUGAUCAAAUUUCCUUUUCGGAAUAUUGUCUGCCCUCAGCAAAUAGCACACCUGCCUCGACACCAGAGUUGACAAGGCGCUCCAAUGGGCUUUCUCGAAGUCGGUCUCAACCAUGUGUCCUAAAUGACAAGAAAGUUGGAAUUAAGCGAAGACGACCUGAAGAGGUAAAGGAACAAAGACCUUCAUUGGACCUUGUCAAAAUGACACAGAAUUGUCAAACCUUUAACAGUCUUAGCACCACAGUCGAUGACUGCCCUCAGCAGAACCAGUUCUCCCUUGGCACCAGCAGCAAUAACUCAUGGGCCACCAACGUGGACGUCAUGCCUGGCAGGACACCAGCCUGCACCCCUGUUCCAGAGCCUCAUUCAAAUUCAGAAGAACAUCAUCCUAACCAGGAAGAAGAUUUCUCCUACGAAGAUUCAGAUUUCUGUGCUGCAGAAGAUGAGAAUAGUAGGAGAGAAGUUGAACACUCCUCAUGGAGGAACAGCGGGACUGGUGGGGAUAACAUCUUUCAGUUGGGUGGUGAAUUAGAUAUUGAGCAAAUAGAAAACAAUUGAGAGCACUAAGGGGAAAGGAUUUGCCUGCACCAAGGCUUUUAGCAGUGGCAAACUCACACAGGUUAAUGCAAACCAGAGGAGAAAAAUCCACAUUUCCCUUCUCUUUGGCAGGUGAACCAGAACAAAAAGCAUUGCCAAAAUUUGGUUAGCUUUUUGGGGGGAACUUAUUAGAACUACUGUAGCUUUUCAUAGGAAAAACUUCCAAUGUUAACAUCAACAUAUUUAAAAGAAAAAGAAAGCUCUGUGGAUAUAUCAAAACUUGAAAGGAAAGGCCAAAAACUCCGGGUCAUUUUUUUUCAAAGUAGGUUAAUUCGCUGUCUAGAGAGUCAGUAGGUCCAUCUUCUGAUGGGAAUGGCAUUUGGUAAGAUAAAUAAGCUUUUUCUUUUCUUUUCUUUUUUUGCUGUUGGCUGAUAUAAAUUGCACCUCGGCUGUCCUUAUCAAAGGAGCAAAAAGUGGAGAUUAGUAUUAGUAUUUGAAUUCAUUUUCUGUUGUUGUUUUUAGAUCACCUAUCCAUAGAUCUUAUAAAAUCUCACAAAUCAAAUUUCUCAUAAUAUAUGUAGAAUCCUAAUUCCCAGAAUCACAGUAGUUUGUUAUCGUCUAUUAAACACACGCACACACAGAGAGACAGGCAUAAACAUACCAAUAACAUUAUGAAAGGAAAGCACAAUGGAUUUUUAUCCAUAUUAGUAAAAGAGAUCUGUGCUUAUUAAAAGGCCUCCUUAUCCAAAUCAAACAUACAGGUAUCAUUUUCAAUGUGCUCUUACUCAUCUUCACCUGGACCAGAUUUAAUGGGUUGGAUGCACAUUUUGAUACAUGACCUCUAGUUCAUGGUUGCUAUCAAUUUAUCCGUAAGAAGAGGCCAGAGGCUUUGUCUGUAGAAGUGAAAUAUUGAGAAUAUUUUUGCACUCAUGAUAUUUUAGUUAAAUUUCAAGGAAUAAUGAAAUUAAAUUAGUGAUACUAUAACCUGUGAACAAAAAUGAUUCUUGAGAUUUAGUAGUUGGCAUCUGAAAAGGGAUCAUGGCUCUUAUCUGGCAUGAAGUCUCUUAAACUUGGGGUUUGUACCAUUUGUCAUCCUUGGUAUAUAGCCUAUCACAUUCAUCAGUAGAAAGCAAUUAAAGAUAAAUCUUGUUUUUCAGGCAUUACUCAGUAUUUAGGUAUUUUCAUCACAUGAAAAGAUGAAAAUAAUAUAGCGUAUACAGUAAUGUGUUACUUCUAGCUUCAGUGAACAACAGUAGUCCAAUAGUGAGCACACAUGGCACUGUUGAGUGACCUGUGUCUGAUUACAUGGGACACUUUCUGCCACUGCUACCAAGGGAGAUAAGGAUGAAUAUAACUAAGAGAAAAAGGAAACACACCCAACAGAAACCCACUUCCCUGUUUCCUUAAUUUGCUGUAGAAGAAAGUAAACCUAGUGCAAAAUACAGGCAACCAAAUCUUGGAAAGGAUAUUAUUAUUGUCAAAAAAAAGAUCUGAGUGCAUUAUUCAGCAUUUCCAUUGAGUUAUGCGACAUAAGGCACUGCUGUAUAUGAGCACUGGGAAGCCUAGCUGUAGUUUCUAAAAGAUACUUCCUCUAGUUUCCUUAUAUUCCCCUUUCUUUUUAAUAAUCCCAAAAAGACUUGACCAAUGUUUCUCAACCUCAGUAACUUUAAGAAGUGUGGACUUUACCUCCCAGACCAGGAGUCUCCAAACUUAGCAACUUUAAGUUGUAUGUACUUCAUCUCCCAGAAUUCCUCAGCCAGCCAUGCUGGCUGGACAAUUCUGGGAGUUGAAGUCCAGAAGUCUUAAAGUUGCCACGUUUAGAGACCUCUGUCCCAGACUUUCCCAUCCAGUAUCCUGGGAUUGCAGUCCAUACUGCUGAGGUUGAGAAAUCCUUGUCUGAAGGACUAGCUCUGUGUUAUUUUGGGCUUGGUUUGCCUUGCUUUUAUUAUGGUUUAGUGUAUCACUGCAGAAGCAGUUUAUACGGCCUGGCUUACGAUAGUUACAUUAAGUCUUUUGAGAAAGAUGUCACCACUCAUUUCCUGUUGUGGUAUGUACAGAUUUUCUCACUCUUUCAUUUUAUGCCCACACUGAUUUUGCUGUUCUCAUUCUCAGCUUUCAGGUCUGCAACAUAUUAAAUUGUAUUACAUAUAGUAUCCCCAAAUUCAUUAAUCGUUUUAGCGUACUUCUUCAAAAUAUGGGGCAAAUAAUCAAGCAGAACCAGGGUUCUGUCUUCUAAACACUGGAAAUUCUGCUCAGCCACAGCUUCAAAUUCUGUUUUUUUCAAAGUAUAUCAAGUUUAUUUCUAGAAACAAAUGAAUGUGCACAGGUAUGUGUGUGUAUAUGUGUGUGUCUUUUGCAGAAUAAGUCAUGAUAUUCAGGAGGCUAACACUUUGUGCUCAGCAUAAAACCCAGGAUCACAUAGCCAUGAUAAGUGAAUGUUCACACAAAUGUGACAGAAGUGCACUCGUCUAAACUUGGUGCAGUUGACUUGAUUGUCAAGAUAUCUAAAGUAACAGGAGAUUUUGUUCAAUUGUAAUACCAAGCCACGCUUUAGUAAUGGGCAAACAGUCCUUCAUUGUCAAAGCAUGCAAAUCUAAACUGCCAAAAAUAGCAUUUGCAUUCCUCCUCUAAAAUAAGAUUAUAAUCCAUUAUCAGCCUGUCACUUACAAUUGUCAUUUGGUUGGCAAACACAAAUCAUAGUUUGCAGAUUAUGAAAUAAUGGUGCAUGAUUUAUUAUGUAGAAGAAUGGAAUUCAAUUUUCCUAGUGAAUUGAGUGGUUCUUGCAUUUUAUGUUUCAUUCUAAGGAAACUUGAUCACAUAGUUAUGUAAACAGGGAUAGAUGGAUCACAAUAGGUAAUGAGAAGAGUUUUAAACCGCAUCUAUUCAGUGCUCUGCUUGACUUUCCAUUAUAUUGCUGGAACAUGUGUUUAACCACCAUGAUGUUCAAUACAUAUUUUAAAAUAGCCUUCUCACUUGAGUGUCCUCUAAUACAUUGUGAUUAUAAUUCCCUGAAUUCACAGCAGGCUUAGUUUAAGUUAUGUGGAUGGCAGAGGUUUGGGGUUUUGGUAUAACACAACUAAUACAAAAUGCUGUUUGAGAUUCUAAUACUUACUUGACACUCCAAUAUUUUCCCUUUCACCCCUUAACUCCUUAUGUUGGGCAACCAACAAUGAUAAUUUAGCACAUAAUAACAAAGCCAAGUUAUUCAUUGAUGAAUGAAAUCUAUUCCUUUCUUUAUGAAAAGAAAAACAACAAGAAAUUAUUUCUUAAAAAUGAUAUCCUAUUUUUAACUUUUCCCAUAAUGACAUUAAUGCGUAUGGCAUCUAAAAUCACGGAAAAUCUCAUCUAAGCUAAAGCUUCACAAUUGCUCAUUUGAACUUUCACAGUAAACUUUAUUUCCUCACAUGUUCAUUUUUAUUAUUUUCUGUAGGAAGCUUAUGUGACACAUAGGGCAUAUGUGUAUGUGUGUAUGCGCAUACAGAUACACAAGUGAAAAUAAAAAUAGUAUUAGGCUGAAAUUCUAUUUACGUUUUUAUACCAUGGAAUAACUUGGUGGUCUGUUUUCAUGCUUGCGAAAUCUGCUAAUUGCAACCCAAGUUAACAUACAUUACUUGCUUUCAGAAACAUAGAAAUGUUAUAAGAGGCAGGUUUUCAUUGAUUUGACUUGGAAUUAGGUUUUGUUUUGUUUUUACAAUUUGAGCUGAAUUAAUUAAUUUUACAUCUCACUGUGGGUUAUCAGGAAUAUGACAGAUCUGGAAGUUUUCUUCCUCUCUUACUGCUUUUGACCCUAUAAAUUUUACCAGGUAAUGGUAGUGGCUGUAAUUAUGUAGCAAUGUUGUUAUGAACACUGAAUGUUAGGAGCUCUGAGAAAAUCUCUUUAUCUUGACAAUAGUAUCAAUUCCACUGCUCCAGGUACAUUGCACUAAUGUAAAUGUGUCUGGAUUAAUCAUGGGCGCUGAGCUCCUAAAAACUGUACUUAUACCAACAUUCUGUAAUUCCUCUAGGUUUGGAUUUUUUCACAAAAACCAUAUUCCAGUCUUUCCACCAGUUUUUGGUGUAAAGAUAAAACAGUGGUUGUUCUAGCUGACUGUAAGCCAAAGCCCAGCUUUUAAUUGUUAUUGAUCUUCUGAAAGUUAAGAAUACAAUUUUUUCCCCAAGGCAAAAUUUUCAAUUUUCAGACCAGCUCCAUAGGUAGUGUGACUGCUAAAAUUAAUCCUUCCUGAUCAAAAAAAAAAAAGCUUAUAAGGCACACUGGAGGUAGAUGCUUGCUCUGAAAAUGAUAUUUUCUUUUUCCUUUCCCUGAAUUUUGCUCCGCUACAAAAAUAUUAAGAUAGUUGGUGUUCUGCUUUAGAGACAGGAACUUCUGUAGCCUGAAUACAAAGCUAUUGCUGCUGUCCUUCACAACACCACUCCAAGGAAUCACAUUUUCUUCUUUAGCAUUUCUUCUUAUGUGGAAGACCUGGAGGAAGAAUAGGUGAAAUGAAUGGCAGAGAGGUUGGAUAAUACAGUAUUUUGUGAUAAAUAAGAAAUAAUAAAAUAUGUGUGAGGCAUGCAAAUUCAUUUUUGACCAUACAAGUUGUUUACCUCUUUUACUGAGGACAGCACCAGAGUCAUGUGGUGCUAUAAAAUUUGUCUUUGUUCAAGUGAUACCCAAGCUCUUACUAGAGAGGUAACCUUUCUGCAAUAAUUAAAUACAUUUAUGCUGACAAACUAAGCCUGUUGUUUAUCACCUGGAGGUCACUAUGGGCAAAAAUUAAAUGGCAAAUGAAUAAUCUUUAAUAUCUUUAUUGAUAUAAACAGAGUCUGUAGAGUAAUGUGCAAGUAUGCAUACCAUGUUAUUAAAUACAGGUUUUGGUUGUAUAACAUCCGGACAACCAAUCAGGUGGCUAUGGCCAAAAGAGCUUACUCAAUGCAAAUUUUGAAUAAUAGAUUUGUUAUUCAGGCUACAUGUGUACUGUCAGAGAUCUUUUGAGCAGUGUUUGAAAAUUCCUAUAUGGCAUAUUGGAAUAGGCACUCAAAUGGAUUGUUUAGGCUAUUAUUUCAGAUAUGGCAUAUUGAUCCAUAUUUUUUAUCUGCAUAGCUGUUUUUUUCUUUGAAAAAGAAGUACUCUGUGCAAAUAUAACACAUAGCAUUUUUCUGUGGUAUUGUUAAAUUAAUUGCAAAUUUUGGAUCAGACCAUAUCAUGAUUGUAUAUAUAUUUACACCAAAGUAACUGAGUUUGGUGUGACUUACUUCUGAGUAAAUGUGAGUGUAGGGUUGUGGGGUAAGUUACUUAAGACUCAUUAAUUUCAGUAAAUGAUAUCUUCAUUUCAUUUCAUCUGGAUCCAACCCACUGGAUUUAUUUUCUGUUUUAUUGCAUGGUUCUGUCAAAAUUCUCCCCACCAACUUGGAUUGCAUAGAAAUUAUUAUUUUAUUAAACAUGACCUAUCCUCAGAGAAAUGGUUGCCCGUGUGCUGUGCACAAAAAUAGCAUGUUCUUUGCUAUCACAUUUUCACUUGGAAGUAAUGCUUCCUAAUCAUAGCAUUUUUAUGUGGGCUUGCCAACGGAGAGUACAUCUUAUGCCAUUAACCUUAUGCUUUUUGAGAUAGUGUAUCAGCUUUUACUUAACAUACAUCUUGAUUAAUGACAGUUUGCUUUGUCUUUCAUGUGGUAGAGGCAGUCUUUUCUUAUUUAGGGUUUUUAUGCAUAAGGGCUUUCUAAAAAACUAAAAGGGCUGCAACCUAUGAGAAGCUAAGUACACAGAGUAGGAAAGUGCCCCCCAGAGGAUCACUACCCAACUCGCCUAACUGUAGCUUAGUUUAUAUAGUUGCAAACUUUCUUUGCCUUAGCAAUGAUGCUUCACUAUCAAAUGGCCUUACAGUGAACACAUCUGCAUACUUAACAAUAGAGUGUUUACCUAAAAUUAAUCCCAGGAUUGCAUUGGGUUUGGUGUUGUUGUAUGAUUUAUGUAUUGAAACUGAGUUUUUAAAGCCUUACUUUUUUUUCUUUUCUCUUUUAAAUAGAAGCAAAAUGUUAUGGGAUGUAAGGAUGUAUGUAUGGCUGUAUAUAUAGAUGAGACGUAUGUGCAUGUAUGUACAUUCACACAAAAUAUAAGCAUCUGAAAUAUAAGUGUAUGUUUACGGAAAAUACUUUUGAUGGUAACAUACAGGGGUGCUGUUCUGAAAAGAAAAAAAAAAGAUGUUCAGCUGCAUCUAUGCUUGGUCAUAUCCACUGAAAAAAAAUCCAUUGGAUUCCUCCACUGGGGAUCCUGUGCUCCUGCCGGAUUAGUUAGUUUGCUGGAACUAGUUCCUAUAGCAGGUUUUGAUCAGGUAUAUUGAGUUUUUUUGUGAACAUUCACUACCAUUGCAAAUAAUACUUUUAUUUGCUAAGCAGUACAUUCAAAUCAGCAGGGAGACAGACGGACAACAGCUUAGUUGGCACACAGAUCAAUCUGUACUAUUGAAAUGUAAUGACAACAGCAAUAAAUGUCAAUAAUUUUCCCUUUAAAAAAAGUUUUUAAUUGCAACUUUUAUGGAAGGGUUUUGUCCUAUUAGCACUGAUGAAUGUUCUUAUAGGGAAUGUAUUGUAGAUCUACAGUCAUUGCUAUUUAGAACUGAAUAAAUAUUUAGUAUGUAUUUAAUUACAUACUGAAGAAAAAAAUAAGAUGAAAUAGAACGUAUUUCUGGAUUUUACUGUAACUUUUCACAAGUAGCAUAAUUUCUUUGGCCCAGUAAUAAUUGUAUUACAAAUACAUUUUAGAUACUCCUCCUUGAAACAGGACUAGAGAAUAUUUUUAGAAUUAUAGUAGUCUUUUUCAGCAUUAUAUUUUCAGUGUCUAAGAACCAAUGAAUCAGAACACGAUGGCCAAAAAGCCUUUGAGAAUCCUUGAAGUCUAGCAAUGUUUAGUUCCAAGGGUGUGCGUGGGUGUGUGGAUGUACACAGACACAUGUAUGUAUGUCUUUUUGUUCAUGGUAAUUGCACAGAUGCAAACAUAUUGACAUAUAUACAAAGUCAGCUCUGUAGUUGGUGUUUGUUCAAAAUCUAAUGUUGGUGAAGACUGUUCCCUGACAUGGAAAAAUUAAGAAAACUGCUGAUUUGUACUCUCUCAAAUGACUUUAUUGCACUAUAGAGCAGCUGCAGUCUCAGGAAUUUACUUGUUACUCUGUGUAAAUAAAGCUUUCUGAUUCUG